AUGCCACCUUCAAUGAACAGCAAGAUCUUUUUUGUCAGAAGUUGCAACAGUGUUGUGUACUCUUUGACUUCAUGGACUCUGUUUCGGACCUGAAAAGCAAAGAAAUUAAGAGAGCAACACUGAAUGAACUGGUUGAAUAUGUUUCAACAAAUCGUGGAGUGAUUGUUGAAUCAGCUUAUGCUGACAUAGUGAAAAUGAUUAGUUCGAAUAUUUUCAGAACGCUUCCACCUAGUGAUAACCCAGAUUUUGAUCCAGAAGAAGAUGAACCAACUCUUGAAGCCUCAUGGCCCCACAUACAGGUAUGUGAUUCCUUUAUUUUCAAGCCUCCUCUUGAAGCAACAGCUGUGAAUGGAUUCUUGAGUCAUUUUGUGCCUUUG